GCCUGCCCUCCGGGCUACCCACCCCCUCUCUCAUCCCCUGCCCCAGGGAGACCUGUCCUGGGGCCUGGACUACAUCUCCCAGCGUGCCUGGCAGAGUGGCGGCCUCUGUGUGCCGUCUGCACCGGGUUCAGGCGACGAUGCAGCGGGCAGUGAGCAUGGUGGCCCAUAUGGGCUCUCGCCUGCAGGCGUUCCCCUUGGCCCUGGGUCGUCGCUUCAGUUGUGCGCAGGACGUGCUCUGCAGGACCCCGCUCUAUGACUUCCACCUGGCCCAUGGCGGGAAAAUGGUUGCGUUCGCGGGUUGGAGUCUGCCCGUGCAGUACCAGGACAGCCACGUUUCCUCGCACCUGCACACGCGCCGGCACUGCUCGCUCUUUGAUGUGUCCCACAUGUUGCAGACCAAAAUCCUUGGUCGUGACCGGGUGAAGCUGCUGGAGAGUCUAGUGGUUGGAGACAUUGCAGAGCUAAGACCAAACCAGGGGACGCUGUCACUGUUCACCAAUGAGGCCGGAGGCAUCUUAGAUGACUUGAUCGUGACCAGCACUUCCGAGGGGCACCUGUACGUGGUGUCCAAUGCUGGCUGCCGGGACAAGGACUUGGCCCUUCUGCAGGACAAGGUCAAGGAGUUUCAGAGCAGGGGCAGUGAUGUGGGCCUGGAGGUGGUGGAAAAUGCCCUUCUGGCGCUGCAAGGCCCCACCGCAGCAAAGGUGCUGCAGGCCGGCGUGGCGGAUGACCUGAGGAAGCUCCCCUUCAUGACCAGUGCCGUGGCGGAGGUGUUUGGCGUGUCCGGCUGCCGCGUGACCCGCUGUGGCUACACAGGAGAGGACGGCGUGGAGAUCUCAGUGCCGCCAGCAGGGGCAGUCCACCUGGCCACAGCGCUGCUGGAAAACCCGGAGGUGAAGUUGGCAGGGCUGGCGGCCCGGGACAGCCUGCGCCUGGAAGCAGGCCUCUGCCUGUAUGGGAGUGAUAUCGAUGAGCACACCACCCCUGUGGAGGGCAGCCUGGGUUGGACAUUGGGGAGGCGCCGCCGAGCUGCCAUGGACUUCCCUGGAGCCAACGUCAUUGUUUCCCAGCUGAAGGGCGAGGUGCAACGGCGGCGCGUGGGGCUGGUGUGUGAGGGAGCCCCGAUGCGGGCGCACAGUGCCAUCCUGACCCUGGAGGGUACCCAGAUUGGUGCUGUGACCAGUGGCUGCCCCUCACCCUGCCUGAAGAAGAACGUGGCGAUGGGUUACGUGCCCCGUGAGUACAGCCGGCCAGGGACACCGCUGCUAGUAGAGGUCCGGCGGAAGCAGCAGAUGGCUGUGGUCAGCAAGAUGCCCUUUGUGCCCACGAGCUACUACACCCUCAAGUGAGGGUGGUUUGGGCAGGGCCUUCGCCUGCGGGCACCUUGCUCUGAAGGUGUCCUACAAGGGGUUAGAACUCACAGGGGUGGGUAGUGAGGGGAAGCUGUCUAGCUGAGGUGGCCACACUCCCCCCACCCCCAAACACAUGCCACUCCAACUUUAGGACCCCACUUCUGAGUGAUGGACCACUGGCCCAUUGUCCUGUUUCAGUCUACAAUCCCAUUGACCAGACCCUCACCAGCAGGAGGGCAAGGAGCAUGCUGGUUCUGCCAUCUCCCACUUUGCCAGAUGCUGGUUUGGAGCAAAGGCUCACUUCUCUUUGGAGGCUAAAACCCGCCCAGCCUACCUCACUGUGGUGUCUCACCUUGCGGAGGGUCAUAACCAUGGGCAGUGGGCCUUAGGCCACCUCUUCCAGUUUGCUUUCCAUGAAUGCCUUUCCCUGGGCAGGAACAAGUCAUGACUCAGAGGGCUGGUUCCACAGGGUGGCCGUGCCUGUGCGGCUCAGGGCUGGCCGACAGGACAGGGACUCACCCUUCCAUAUUCCCCAGUUGGCCCAGGCUGCCUAGCAGCAAACCACAGCAGCCUCACCACCUGUUCUGAGCCUUGGGGCGGUUGCAGGGCAGGCUGGGCCGCUUCCCAGACUUGCCUUACCCUGGGCUGACCUUCGCCCCUGGGGCCCAUUACUGGACUCCACUGACUCUUGAAAAUAUUAAGUAAGCUUCCUUCCUUUUUAUUGGCAUGGUCUCUAGCUUGAUUAUUUGUCCAGUUCUCUGGGGGGUGCCAACCCAAUGCCUGCCUUCCUCGCCUCCUAGACAGGGUCAGAGUAAGUUUCCCUUGAGAAAAGGGUCAGGUCUCCAAGAACUAAGGGGCAUAUGCUGCCUUCUCUGCCCCCUGCUUCUCUGGGGAGGUGGCCCCACCUUCUCCACCACAGCACGUCCCUGCCUCCUGGGUCCGGAGGGCCAACAACU